AGCGAAUUGGGAGGUUCUCGUGCUGUCCAUUGUGUUCUAUUCAAAAGUGAGCAGGUCCCAAUCAUAUUGCAAAGCUGAACCCAGGAAAUCUCAGCUCCUUAUCCUUUUCUGAUUUCCUAUCGGCCUCUCUCCGUCUCUCCCUGUAGCCUGCGCCCAGAAACAGAGAAGAAGAGCAUGGCCACCACACUAGGCCUUCUGAAGUCCACGGUUCUUGUCAGAAGGCCUCUGACUAUACAGUCAAAGCUGCCAUAUCUUUCCAAACCAUCAAAAUUGGAUGUCUCCAACAAACGCUUCCCGGUCCCACAAAAGCUCUUCUCUGAAACUAUUCAGAAUCUCUGUUCAGCCUCUCUUCCCCUUACAGCAUUCGCAUUUCCUAUCUUUCUAGACACAAAGGAUGCACUUGCUGUUGGCGGCGAAUUUGGGAUAUUGGAGGGAAGGACUUUUGCACUCAUUCAUCCGCUUGUGAUGGGUGGUUUGUUUUUCUACACUCUGUGGGCUGGAUAUUUGGGGUGGCAGUGGAGGCGAGUCAGGACUAUACAGAAUGAGAUAAAUGAGCUUAAGAAGCAAGUCAAACCUACUCCGGUUACCCCUGAAGGGACGCCUGUUGAAGCAGCACCAUCUCCUAUUGAUCUCAAAGUCCAGCAACUCACCGAGGAAAGGAAGGAGUUGAUAAAAGGGUCAUUCAAGGACAGACACUUCAAUGCGGGAUCAAUUCUGCUUGGAUUUGGAGUGUUUGAAUCAAUUGCUGGAGGCUUCAACACAUGGUUGAGGACUGGAAAGCUAUUCCCUGGACCCCAUUUGUUUGCUGGCGCAGGCAUUACAAUUCUAUGGGCGGCAGCAGCAGCUCUAGUGCCUGCUAUGCAGAAAGGGAAUGAGACAGCAAGAAACCUUCAUAUUGCAUUGAAUGCAUUAAAUGUUUUGCUGUUCAUAUGGCAAAUCCCCACUGGAUUGGAUAUAGUUCUCAAAGUGUUUGAAUUCACUAAAUGGCCUUGAUUUUCAGGUGCCAGGGUGGUAAUCCAAAUUUGAGCUCCUUCACGAGCAAUAACAGCGAAGCCAUUUGUAUGAUCAGCAAAAACAAUUUUUUUAUACAUCCUCUUCUCAAGACAUUUGCUCGUAGCCUUACACGUACAUGUAAUACUUGUAUUAUUCCCUUGAGAGAAUAUUUUAGUAUUAUUGUAUCUUCUUCAGUUCAUAGGAAAGAAUUUACAUGAUGUAACUAGGAACCAUGCCAAACCACUUGCUGUGUUGUAAAUUUACAAAACACACCCUGUCAAGUUUAAUCUUUAUUUCCCGUAGUAAUCUUGUAAUAUGCAAAAAAGGGUUGAGCAUGUUGCUGCUUGUGUUCCAAGUA